AUGGCAGUGGGUGCCGACGCCUCUCCAGCCGGAGCGGACGUGCAUGCGAAGACCAAAGCAACCCCGAAAACACCGGUCAAGAAGUUUACGCCACGCGCGGCAGGCAGAAAGCUUCCAUGGCUCGACGGUAAGGGUUGUCCAUCGUACCUCACCACCAAGAUGAACCAGAGGAGGACGGUUUUGGCUACGUCCGCCCACAAGCUGGAAGUCUUGCGCCUGUACCAGAUCAUCUCGAAUGGUCAGAUACAUCAGAAUCUUCGAUCAAAUCGGGACAUUGUGACCAGUACCUCACCCAAGAUUGUCGCUCGUGUACAAUUCUCUCCUUCACAGCCAGCACCGACUCGUACCGCUUUUGAGCGCAUAGGCGACAGAAGACUGAGCAAUGCAAUCGAGGGCCUGGAAGAGAUGGUGCAAGAGGCCAUCGAUAUUGCAGAUGAUGCAGAUGAUCGGCGUCAUGUCGAGGACAUAUAUGAGAUAAUCGAAGACGCAAGAGCAGCAAUCCAAGACGCUGCGGAAGAUCCCACGAAGCAUCUCAUCGCUACCACGUCUCCACUCAGCACUUCAGACUCGUCGACAGAGUCGGGAAUCAUACGCCUUGAAAUCCCUCAUAUGCAUAAUGGUGCACAGAGGGACUCUGCGUCUUUUGACUGGGCUUACCCACGACACGACAACCAGUUCAAACAGCCUCCCGUGACCAUGUGGACUUUGUGCUUCGACCCAUCGCUCGAGAUCAGUCUCGUGGUCGUCCACGCCGUCGUGCGAAUGACGAUUCUAUUCACAUCCAUCGACACAGGCACCGACAUCGACGUAGCUCUGGGACUCGAUCUAGGUCCCGAUCUGGGCGCAGGCAUCACAGGUCUUCCAGCUUCAGCCAUUAUGACACUUCUUUCGACGAAGAGGACGCGCCAGUCCAUCCAUAUGCCCAUUGCACGCAAUUGGACGACGGGCAAGAAGCGAAUCACAGCAACUAUCGCCUGUAUCAACACAGCCCUACUUGGCAUAGUUGUUGGCAUAUAUGCAGGCGAAGUACCUCGGAUCCAGUACUUUCUUGCGGACGAGAGCCAUCACAGCAUUGUGGGCAAUGCUGUGCUGUACUUUGGUCUCGCCAUAUCGACGUUCAUCGUGUGGCCUUUGCCCUUGCUGCAUGGACGGAAGCCGUACCUGCUCGCUGCUCUGGCUUUGGCGCUGCCACUACAGUUUCCCCAGGCCCUUGUCGUCAGCCAAAAGCGGUCACCGAACGAUGCGAGGUUCCGAGCUGGCCUCCUCAGUGCCCGCGCUAUCACAGGACUGGUACUCGGCUUUGCGAAUGUAAAUUACAUCACAGUCCUUCUCGAUCUAUUCGGUGCCUCGCUGCAGAGCAAGAAUCCUCAUCAAGAGUACGUCGUUCCGAACGACGUGCGCCGACAUGGCGGAGGCAUGGGCAUGUGGCUCGGCAUCUGGUCAUGGUGCUGGAUUGGGUCGCUCGCUAUUGGCUUCCAGAUCGGCGCUGCCAUCAUUGGGAGCCUGAGUCCUGACUGGGGCUUCUACAUCGUCAUCUUCAUCCUUGCAGCAGCCUUGAUCCUCAACAUCAUGGCUCCGGAAACCCGUCGCGCGGCCUAUCGAAAAUCAGUGACUGAGGUCUACGAUCGAGACGAGAACUACAUCACUCGCCGGGUGUCACGCGGCGAAUGCAAGCUCCACAUCUCGACCGAAGGCCCCAAGUACUGGUUCGAGGAGGUCUGGGCUGGAAUGAAACUGAUGGUCUUGAUGAUGUGCCAGCCUGGCUUCUUUAUUUUGUCAUUCUAUCUUGCAUGGAUCUAUGCACAGAUCGUGCUCGUCAUCAUCCUUCUCGGUGCUCUUCUCUCCAAGGAGUACAAAUGGCAACCACGCUAUGUCGGCGCCGGCGUCAUGUCUAUCGCCAUCGGGGGUUUCCUCGCCAUCCCGUUGACAAAAGCUAGGAUCUUCUCGCGUGAGCGCAAGAUCGCGUUUCGCACAGACAGCAUGACGUUCCAGAAACAAGUGACUUGGUCCUCGCAUCUUGUUCGGCGCGCCAUCUUUACGCUCACGCUUCCGUUGAUGGGUCUUGCCUACACAAUCAGUUCUGCUGGGCGACCGAGCCCGUGGAUUGUUCCAUGUGUGUUUGCUGGUGCUCUGGGCUUCCUAAGCAUUCUCGCUGUCGCAGAGUGUCAUGGUCUGAUGAUGGAAGCAUUCGACACGUGCGACCUACAGCCUGGUGUGAACACACGACAUCGACUUCAGUCAAUGGCCGUCCAGGAUCAACGACGUCGCACCAACUACACGUCCUUUCCUCGGGUCAGCGCAGGCAUCUUCGCGUCUCAGACAAUUGCUUUCAUCCUCGCUGGCGUUGCGAAUCUUGUUGGCGGCAGCAUGACGCGUCGCCUUGGAGCUCAAAAGUCGACGGGUGCUACUGCAGGCAUCCUGCUGGGCUUUACACUCCUGUUGACAAUGGUCCUCUGGCGCUUCAAAGAGGUUCAAGUCAUUCCCAACCACACUUUUGGCACCAGACGAGAUACAGCAGCGUGGGACGAAUUCAAGGACCUUGAGAAGAUGGGCAGAGGCGCGGACUGGAAGGCUGUGGUUAUUGGGCAUCCGAGCGGCAAGAUGCGCAGGAUGAAUGUGCUAGAGCUUGGCGCGCUGAGUCGCUGGACGGAGAUACGGAAGCUGAACUUUUUGCUCAAGGGGCCGCGACUUGGAGAGGAGAAGAAGAAGAAGGCGCGUAGUUUUAGAGGCAGCUGGUGA